ACUUACUCCCGCACACACUCUGAGUUGACCUAAAUCACAGAGCUGGAAAGACGGAGGUGAAAGCAGAACAGAAACUGGACAGACUUGCUCGCUCUGUCCGUGCCUGUCCCCGCCCGCGCACACACGUGUGUGUGUGUGUGUGUGUGUGUGUGUGUGUGUGUGUGUGUGUGUGUGUGUGUGUGUGUGUGUGUGUGUGUGCGUUCUGUGUUUCAGUUUCAGCCGUUGCCUGCCCCUGUGAGAGCUGUGUGCUGUGCCUCAGUGAUUGUGGAGCGUAUGAGCAGUGUUUGUGUCUGUGUGUGUCUGUGUGUGUGUGUGUGUGUGUGUGUGUGUGUGUGUUUGAGCAAGCGUCACUGUGCGUGAAGGAGACGUGGAGCACACUCUUAACUGUUUUGGACUGUCACUGAAGACGGGAGGUGAGGAGAGGAGGGAGACGAGCUAGCCCACUGCACUGUGACGGAGGAGUGGGGAGAGGGGGAUGAGUGACGGAGCGCUAGGUCAGCACGCUAGAGGGUAGACGGAUACCAGACACGGCCAGACCACCAGCCCGCAUACUGCCACAGUCAAACAGCCCCACUGCUUCGAGAGGGUGAGAAGGCCUGCCUGCCUCAGACACACAUACACACACAGAGGGCCCUGGCUGAGGAGCACGAGAGAGGACCACCGACGAGCAAGGCAGAGCGAGCUUUGAAUGAGCUGAGGUUACACACGUCAUCAACUCGAUCUCUCCUCGGGCUGCUUCCUGUGUCGCCGUGCGCCACAGCGUGGAAUACAGACUCCAGAUUCCACAUUGGAUGGUCUUUUCAGAAUGACAGCCGAAGACCCCGCUUCCUCUUCCGUAACCAUGAGCAACAAGUCCGCCCCCUCCAGCAGCGCCAAACCACCCGCGGGCCCCUCCCACCUGCUCGCCCACCACGACCACGUGUCCGUCCCUGAGGGCGUGGCCGGCGCGCCCAAUGAGGCCGCCCUGGUCACCCUGAUGGAGCGCACCGGCUACGACAUGGUGCAGGAGAACGGCCAGCGCAAGUACGGCCCCCCGCCGGGCUGGGACGGACAGGCGCCCCCACGCGGCUGUGAGAUCUUCGUGGGCAAGAUCCCGCGGGACGUGUACGAAGACGAACUGGUGCCCGUGUUCGAGUCGGUGGGCCGCAUCUACGAGAUGCGCCUGAUGAUGGACUUUGACGGCAAGAACCGCGGCUACGCCUUUGUGAUGUACACGCAGAAGCACGAGGCCAAGCGGGCGGUGCGGGAGCUCAACAACUACGAGGUGCGCCCGGGCCGCCUGCUGGGCGUCUGCUGCUCGGUGGACAACUGCCGGCUGUUCAUCGGCGGCAUCCCCAAGACCAAGAAGCGGGAGGAGAUCCUGGAGGAGGUGUCCAAGGUGACGGAGGGCGUGCUGGACGUCAUUGUGUACGCCAGCGCCGCCGACAAGAUGAAGAACCGAGGCUUCGCCUUCGUGGAGUACGAGUCGCACCGUGCCGCCGCCAUGGCCCGCCGGAAGCUGAUGCCCGGCAGGAUCCAGCUGUGGGGACACCAGAUCGCCGUGGACUGGGCGGAGCCAGAGAUCGACGUGGACGAGGACGUUAUGGAGACGGUGAAGAUCCUCUACGUCCGCAACCUCAUGAUGGAGACCAGCGAGGAGACCCUGCGGAAGGUAUUCGGCCAAUGGAACCAAGGCUGCGUAGAACGCGUCAAGAAGAUCCGCGACUACGCAUUUGUCCACUUCACCUCCCGGGACGACGCAGUCCUGGCCAUGGACCACCUCAACGGCACUGAGGUGGAGGGCUCCUGCAUCGAGGUGACCCUGGCCAAGCCUGUGGACAAGGAGCAGUACACGCGCUACCAGAAGGCAUCCAAAGGGGGCACUGUCGCUGCGCCGGCGGAGACGCCCCAGCCGAACUACAUUUACCAGUGCGACCCGUACACGCUCACGUACUACGGAUACCCCUACAGCACGCUGAUCGGGCCCAACAGGGACUACUUCGUGAAAGGAGCCCCAAUGAUACAGAACGAUGCAGGUACUGUGCGGGGUCGUGGCCGCGCCGCACCAGGUACCCGGACCCCCGGGCCACGGGGGUCGUACCUGGGAGGCUACUCCGCCGGCCGCGGUAUCUACAGCCGUUACCAUGACGGCAAGGCCAAGCAGUCCGAUACGCCCUAUGAUCUGAUGACUGGCCUGGAGCUGGCCUCAUCCGUCAACCCCGUUGGCAUCAAACCUGGCACAAUGGCCCUGUCCGGUCUGGGGGGCCAGUACUCUGUCUUCAGCGCGGGCCCCGGGGCCAAGAUGAUGGAGGAGGGGAAGAUGCACGGCAUGGAGCACCUCAUGCAGCCUCUGGCCAUGCAGCAGGCCGAGCACGGCUCCGCCGCCGCCGCUGCCGCCGCCGCCGCCGCGGCUAACAUGCUGCCCGCAGUGUCCACACCUCCCCCCUACCAGGGCCGCCCCAUCACGCCCGUCUAUGCCAUGGCCCACAACGUGCAGCGCAUCCCGAACGCCGGCCUGUACGGCGCCGGCUACAUGCCCAGCUAUGCGGUCAACUCGGCCGCGCUCGUCGCCCUGCAGAAGAACGCCGCCGUCGCCGCGGCCACGUACGGCGGCUACGGCUACGCCAUGCCGCAGGCCUUUCCCGCCACGGCCGCCUUCCAGAUGCCCCUCCACGACAUCUACCAGAGCUACUGAGGCACGCCGCCGCCGCACAGAGAACGCCACUCAGCGCCAGUUUUAGUCUAGCUUGUUUUAAAGGGGGGGUUUUGGUUUGGACUGUUUUGAUUCACUACGGCGACCCGGGACCGGAGUCUCAACUGUUUUUUGGUCUCGCACCACCAUCGUGAAACUGUGUCGGGGUCUUGUUGGGGCCUCCAGAACUCUGAGAUUAUAUAGAUAUAUGUUUGUGUAUAUAUAGCCUAUAUAUAUAGAUGUAUAUGUAUAUAUACAUCUAUAUAUGUAUACAUAUAUGUAUGGUUUUCUAAUAACAUUGCUGGUGAAACUGAUGCCGAAUGGAUGAUCUUUGAUUGCGUCAGUGUCCACUUCUGGCCUCUCGGAGGAACCGAGGCAGCAGAAAGGCCUCGCCAUAGCGGGUUAGCACCUCCCAACCAGUCCCUACCAGACCUACCCAGGAAGUGACACAUAUUGUACCCUGUGGAACCCCACAUCGCUCCAUGUCACUUGUUGCACCACUACACAAGACCUGCGAGACCAACAACCACCCACACUCCUCUAUCCCCACACUGGUGGCUUCAGGUGUCGUUUUUGUUGGGGCUUCGAAGGUACUUUAAAGUAUUUGUGAAGAGUGAGAGUUCUCUCGUGUCGCUCCACUUUGUAUUCUGAUGUUUGUAUUUAGGGUUUUUUGAAGUGAGAAAGAGAAUGCCUUUUUAAACAUGGGGAUCUCUAACGGUUAUAUAAUAUAUAUGAAAAUAUUUGGAGAAAAAAAGCACAAAAUUGCAUAAAAGUAUAAAAUAGUAUAAAAUCUGCAACAACUGAGAAAAGAGAACAUCAGCGGUGAUGGUGGGUUUCUGUAGUUGUUUAUUUUCAUAAGUGGUUAGUAUUUUCCAUUAACAUAGAACAUUCCAGAGACCUCUACGCUCUUUGAAUUGUGGUCUGUCCACACUGUAUGUGUGCAGCGUACUGAAGUAUACAUAAUAGGUGCCUCUGUGGUGUUUUUGGUUAGUUUAGGUUAUGUUUUUUUGGUUAUCUAAAACGAAGAUUAAAUGUGUUGUGUUUAUUUGCCUAUAUUUAGUUUGCAUAUUUCUAUGCCAAUUUAACCUAUUCAAAUAUAUAUAUAUAUAUCUUGGGUUUGUUUGCAGAAACCUAGCUAACUAUGUUUUUUUUUUCUGAUUGAUAACAUGAGGAACAAAUACUAAAUUUGAAGUGAGCUGGAUAGUUUUGCCACUGGUGUGAUGGGUUGUGAUGCUGGCACAUCUGGCAUUGUUUUUAAUGCACAACACACAACACAUUUACAGCGACAUGACCAUAGCUGUAGACAAGUGUAACUUGACAUUUGCCAGGAGAUGAAGACUGAACUUGCUUGAUGUUUUUGAAUAUUUCAUUGGUUUUAUGUAUUUCUUUUUUAUUGUUAUAUUAUUAUUAUCUUUGCGUUGUUUUAACUCCUAAAAAGUGAACAAAUAUGGAGAGAAAUAAGAGACAAUUCUUCUGACCUAUUCUCUCCAUGGCACGGGCCAUCGAUCUUCUCGGAUUGAAAACGUUAAUAUCUAUGGUUUCAGUGAGUAUCUUUUACCAAAAGAAGAUUAUGUCUGUCUGAAAACAGUGCCUUUUAUAAGCCUACUCAGGCCUCAGUUUUUUUAUAUUUCAAGCUGUGCCUUAACAAAGUAUGCCAGACCGACAUCUGUGGUGAAAGUGAGAAAAGACCAUCACAACAUCGUAGAACACAACCCUUUUUCUAACGCCAUGAAAUAAGAGCAGUGUGGUGGGGAAGGCAGAGAAACGAGAGUAAACAGCUCUAGUUUGCAAAAGCUAACAUGUCUACUGUUCUACGACAACCUUUCCUCUGGUUUUCUCUCGUUUUGUAAGGCCUGCCGUAUCACUUUCCAUUUCUCUCUCUCUCUCUCUCUCUCUCUCUCUCUCUCUCUCUCUCUCUCUCUCUCUCUCUCUCUCCCCCUCCCUCUCCCUCCGGUUCGGCUUGACCAAGGUGCACUUAACCAUGUUUAAAAUGGCAGAUGUUUGCCGAUUUCAAAUGAAGAGAUAUUUAAUACAGGCUACUUAACAUAAUUUCAAAUGUUGAAGGGGUUUGGUUUGUCUAGCUCUGUGCCUGUGUGUUUGACAGAGCUUUGACUCAAAGAUGAAGCAAAUAUGAAAAUGACCCCUAUGAAUGUUGAGCUGGCACUUUUUAAACUGGAAACUAGUCCACUAACUGGGAACGACUGGAACAAUACCUCACUCAAUGAUAUGCAAGUAGCCAAUGUGCGUGUACUACCAAAGCGCUGGGAACAUAUACCUACACACACACACUCACAAAGAUAAAGCUGCUGAUUGACAAUUAAACACUCCAAAACAGCCAUUUUUUAUAUUAAAUACACACAUUUACACUGGUAAAGCAUUCCGCAACAUUUGAAUAAGAUAUUUUUACAUUCCAUUCCAUGGUUGAGAUUGAUAUUAACUAGCUAAGGGGCUGAUGAAACGAUUAGCAUUAGCUGGUUGCAAACAAGCCAUUCUUUUGUGGACGUUGCAUGCUAUACUGUACUGCUUCUCUGCUCCUUGUAACUGGAAUUUGUCUUAGAAAACGAAACAAAAAACAACUGCUUAAUACGGCUUUUAUGAAUUUAUUUUGCGAUGACAAGUCAGGAUAUAUUUAAUAUAUACAUUACUUGGUUUAUGUGUGAAGUGAGAAAAUAACGUAUAUAAUAUAUUAUCAAAUGUUUUUGUCUUUCCGAAUAUCUAUUCUUUAUAUACACCUUAUUUAGGCGUUAAAAAACAGUUAAAAAACUUUGCCAAAGUGUCCAGUAGGUUUUAAACAUUGAAGCUGUGUUGUUGUUUUUUCCAAAUGUGUUUCAUGCUAUUAACAUGUACAUUUUUGAAUUGGAUUCGUUGUGAUUGGGAACACAGUGGUGUUACAAUCUUUGUGUUUUUUUAUUUUCCAUUGACUGGAUGGUACUAAUUUGUAGGACAUGGACAGGCUGACUCCAAGGUGACAAAGAUCUGGGCACACUUCCUCCUCAGAUCAUGUGAUCUGGUUCACAUCUGCGUUCCGACCUGCAGGCCUACCGCACCUGUGACCAAUGAACCACUACUGUCUUCAGCUAUAUGCUAGAAACGUCCGUCCAAAAAAUAUGUGUUAACACGCUAACUCUUCUCGUGUUGUUUGUAUUUUACUUUUAAUUUUCUUCUUAGGCAAAAAAGUGCUAUUUUCUUCAUCUUUGUAUGUCUAUGCAGACUAUUUUCUAACAGAAGGUUUGUUUGAAAAGAAAACUUAUUUCAGCAUUAUGUUUAUAGCUAAGAAAGUAGGUAAAUAAAGCAUUUUCAAAAAUA